GAGUAGCCCUUGAACGCACCAGGAGACAGUGGGAAGAGGCUCCUCCUGCCCCUAAGGUAGCAGCUCACUUUCAGCGCUAACCAUGCCUGGAAAAUGUAAAUUCCAAGACUCCUGGCUCUCCAAGGUGAUUUACAAGGACUGGUUGGUGAAGGAAUUCCAGGACAUUCACUGCGCCCGAUGCAGGGCCUGUUGUAAAUCCAUCAAACUUCAGACCAUGGGCGAGGCUGCUCUCACCAGCCACGCAGGGGGAGCUGGCCACAAAGAGGCGGUCCGCAAGCUGAGGGAAGCAGACCAUGUGAUGCUGAUAAAUGCCGCUGGGCAGACGAACGGCAGCGUGAAGCUGACUGAGGACAGCAAGGAGCAAGUGGCCCUCUGCCUCCAGCGGGAGACCUUGGACAGAAUAACGGGCAGCGACUGGUCCAUUCUGAACCACAGACCCACGACAAACUCCGCCUCCCACAAUGCUGCAGAGGAUGUGACAUUUCCCACCGCCUACUUGACAGUCCCAGGCACCUCCCAGGUCAUCAGCCAGCGCCUGCACCCGACGGCGUGCGGCGGGACGGAGGGAGCGACCCGCCGCUCGUCUCAGCACGACCCCGCAGACCAGAGACAGGAGCACCAGCAGAGAGCGGACGCUCUGGAGCAGCAGCAGCAGCAGAUGAAGAUCCUGGAGUGGGAGAACCGGAUGAAGGUGCUGGCGUGGGAGCAGGAGCUGGUGAGGGAGAAGAGGCGAGCGGCGCGGCAGAAGGAGAAGGCCUUCCGGAUGAAGAAGACCUACUACAGAGCCAAGCUAAAGAGGAUGGGCGAGGACGUGCCGCCAUCUUCCUCCAGCAGCAGCGACGAAGAGGCGAAGACAUAUGGACCGUCGGGAUGAACUGCUCCAACUGUCGCACUUUUUGUUACUUCUUGGACCUUCCCGUCCGUGUGCCAUGCUAUUUUUACACAUCGUCUGGUAUUUGAAUUCAAAAGGAGGAUUCUCCGUAGCUUUAAAUGGUCUGUUCUUACGCAAAGAGGGACAUUUACUUUCCCUGCGUAAGACUUCUCCGGUUUGGUUGUGGUUGAAAGCACAAGUGACAUUACUUGACGACUCAAAAGUACAAAUGUAGCUCUUUGAAGAACAUUACAUUAUUCCAAAUGAUCUAACUACCAAACCCUCUGCAACGCAAAACACCAGUUUCUGUUUAAGUAAGCUUCUUUUAUUUUAAAAAGAUAUUCAACGUUAACCAAACGAGUUCAGGACAACACUUCCUUCAAGAUGUGGUACUAACAGACUUAUAGAAGUACACGGAAAUGCUAUGAAAUGCUGAAGACUUUGCACAUGACAUAGAAAAAAGGGUUGAGAUCCAAGUCACAGUGUACCCGUUUAGUUUUAUCCGUCAUUUCGUCAGCGGAUUCUUCAAUAUUCAAAACGAGAUCGUCAUUGUUUUUUAAGCUUGAUGGUCUUUUCUGAGGAGAACGUACGUCAUUUUAAAGAAUGUAUUGAGAUUACAUCCAAUCACUGCAGGUGUAGAUUUUGACCUGCAUAGCUUCUUUCGCAUGCUAACACGAGUAUGUAAGCUUCAAUUAUCAGUCUGCUUUAUAAAUAAAUUUGUAUUUGACUCAAAGUUGGAGUUGACUACAGACAAGUGACGAGGAAAAAAGAAUAAAUGAGUAGAGAAACAUACUCGACAUGGCCAAAAGUACAGUUUGUGGCCCACACGCCAUUAUUACGCUGCUAUUACAGCCUCUGAUAACUUUGGGACUUGGCAGCAGAUCCUUCAGCCAACGAGCAUUCACUGCUGCGGCCGGUAAAGGUGCUCGAAGGCUUUUCUUGGUAGCUUUGGGCUGCUUCCCUCGGCCUCCAGUCGUUAUGCUAAGCUAAGCUAAUGGCCUCCUGGCUUCAAGUGGUAUUGAGCUCACCAUCUAACUCGGCAUGAAAGUGAAUAAACAAAACGUCCACUUGUCUCCCAUCUGUACGUGUUAAAGCGAGCCUUUAGUUUGUAUUUGUACAAAUAUAAACAUGUCUCAUGGACCUCAGUUCUACUAAUCUUAACAGCACAGCAGGUGCUUCUGUUUUUGCUGGGAAUCGAGGUGGCAGCUGAACGUCUCUGACACCUCUCAAUGUGACGGGACCCUUUGAGCCUUCCAGGAAAGAGUGUCCCUGUCAGCAUGUUCCCCCUCAUGAAGACGACCCCCACACACACACAAUAAAUAUAGACACAGCCGAGUAGGAAUACGGUUGUUUUUUUUAUUGUCCCAACAUCUCUCUUGUUUCCGCGGUAACGGGAGAACCGCAGUUUCCAUGCCGCCUUCCCCUUGCCGACGGCAGGAUAGAAGGCAUCCCAUAAUGAACACACAAGCUAACAAAGACAAUCUCCCAUCCCGACGAUAUCUCACUACUUUUAUUUCCUUCUGACGCUUCCCCACUUUUUUUUCUUCUUUUUUCUUUAGAGCACACCACAAUUUAGACUCCGCUUUGUCCCUUUUGUCUCCCCUCGUGUUGGUCCGGACCAGAUUGACCUGAAGAUGAAGGUUUCUGUCGCUGUCUAAACGUUACCAGUGAAUGAUCUGAUGUUGUGCAUGUGAAGCUUCAGCCUUGGAUCUAUAACCACGAGCAGGGAAGAAGAAAAGGUUUCAUUUUGGGACAUAUCUGCUCUAUUUACACCCAGUAUUAAACUAGUUCAGAUAUGAGGGCUUUCUGUCUGGGGAGGAUAAAUGCACCGAAAUAGGAUUGAAAUUUGUUUUCCAGAUCUUACCCCCACGAUUCGAUUAAAGAAACCAAAUGAAAUGCUGACGAGCAAAAGCCCCCCCGCAUCACAUUUACAUCAUCACAUUCUCGUCUCUUCUUGUCCUUCAUUGCAGUGAGAGACUCGGAUCAUAAGAAACAGACCAAAGGGGAACAUUUGGACCCAACCAAAGAAAAUAAAAAAACCAACCUCAUACAAAAUGGCAAUAUAAAUAAUCAAUACAAUGUCAAUAAAUUAUCGAUAAAUAAAAUAAAUCUCAUGUCUGUAC